GUAAAGAAGUCAAACUCAAGCACAAUAUAUCACCCCUUUUUUUCCACUUAAAAAACUCCUACUUCUCACUCUCUCUCUCCUGCUUCACAUUACAAAAGUUAUGGGAGAAGAGAGUGAAAAUGAGGCAUGUUUUCCCACACUAAAGCUUCCAUUUGCAGAGAUUCCCGAUUCGCCGGAGCAUCCAUCAACGCCGCCGUUCCAAGCGUCAGCCACCAUCCCAUUCCAAUGGGAAGAGCAGCCCGGGAAGCCCCGCCCCUGCUCCGACAUCAUAACCCGCCCCAAACCCGCCAAAUCAUUAGAGCUCCCUCCGUGUAUGAGUAUGAACCCGGCCGACAAAUUUACGAAAACGCCCUCGCCCACAACCGUCCUCGAAGGGCCCUACAGCGUCGGCCGCCCCAAAUUCUCGUCGUUCAGAUUCUUCAGAGAAGGCCACGACUCCUUGGUCAGCCCCGAGGCCGCCGCCCUGCUCGGCGCCAAGAAGAGCGGCAAAGCCAGAGGGCUUUUUGGUAAAUUCAAGGGCGGCGCCGGCGGUAGUUGCAGAUUCUCUCCUUCCACGGUUAGCAGCUGCAGCAACAGUGAGGAUUUGUUUGCGAAUAACUGUGGGGUCAAAAUCAACAGAAACGGAAGCUUCUCCAACCUCUCUCAUGCAAAGCCUUCUCAAUUAUGGACUAGUUUUUGCCAUGGCAUAAAGCAAAUCAUGCACUGGAAAGGCAGAAAGAAAUCAAAUAAAGAAGGCCGGCAUUCAAGGGUUGAUAAUGUGUCAUAAAUCAUUAGCAAAAUUUAUUACUCCUCUUUAAACUAAAAACAGAGAAGAAAAACGUUUGGAACUCUCUGUUUCGAACUAAUGUUCAUGCUUGUGAUGUAGUAUAUUACUUUUCAUACCCAAAUAUUCUCUGUCGCUUAUAAACUAUGACCACAACUUUGCAAUGUAGCGAAGAAUAAUAGUAUAAUGUUAAUUGCUA